CAUUGUGUAUACAUGUGGGAGUUGUUUUUAUGUGAGAUCUCGAAUGUGUUUUUUGAAAUGAUUAUUUUUUUUAUUUCCAAAAGAAAAACGGGCGGAAUUUAAGGUAACAAAUUGACAAUCGAUGCGUAUUUUUAUAUUUCUUUCGGAUGAUGUCUGUCAAAGUUAAAAAGCUGGGAUUACGACUCAAACCUCCGGCCUUGAUACUGAUAUACGAAAAUGGCGAUAAAAUUAGACAGCGGAAUAUGCCAAUUCGUGGCCUUUUCAAGAAUUCUAGCGUCCAGAUUAUUGCCAGGGAACUUAAAACCAGACACGACUUUUAUUUGAACGACGUUCCCGUCUAUAGGCUGGAAAAACAGUUGAGGAUCAUACAAGAGACGAUGAAAGGAAAGGGUUUGGAUGAUAGUAUCAAAAUAGUGGAGAAAGAAUUUAGUAUAGAUCCAGAAGAAGAUCUGAAUAAGCUUGAUGAUGAUACACUCGAAAGGAAGAAGGAUAUUAUGGAAACGUCAUUUAAAACUAACCAGAAAAAACCUGGUGAUCCAGACUUCACUUACGAUGUGGAAGUGGAUUUUGGAGACUUUUGUGUUGAAACGUCGAAUUGGGAUUCUGACGACAAUUUAGAAUUCUAAUUUUUAUCUUUACAUUAAAUAAAAAUAAUCAAAAUAUUCGUAACAGUGUUUUUAUUCGAUUUCUACAAAGUACAUCAAGUUUAUUUUUAAGUACAUUGAGUAAAAAAAUAUAUAUAUAUAAACAAUACAGGAAGUAUAUAUA